CUUUUUCGUCGCAUCUGCUUCAGUAAGUCCAGUGCCGAUCACUCCCAGUCUCCCAGGUCCCAAACACUUGCUAGCCUAUCUAUAUAUGCGGCCACGAGCAGCACUAGAUUUCAGUGAGCAAAGAAGCUUUACUCAGUUAGUGUUUGGUCUUAAUUAAACACUGGCCUCCCAAUUGAUUAAGAGUACUCAGGGGGAGUACUGACUACUGAGAAUCUAGCAUCGAUCAAGCAUGCAACAAAAGGAAGCCGGCGAGGAAGCCGUCGUCGUCGUGGGCGCCGGGAUCGCCGGCCUCGCCGUGGCUCUCGGGCUGCACAGGAAAGGGGUGAAGUGCUCGGUGCUGGAGUCGUCGCCGGAGCUCCGGGCGUCGGGGUUCGCCUUCGCGACGUGGACGAACGCGUGGCAAGCGCUUGACAACCUUGGGGUGGGCGACAAGAUCAGGAAGCUUCAUCUGCAUCUUCAGGAGUUGCAUGUCUUCUCUUCGUCUACGGGAGAGAUAACACGAAGAGCGGAUCUCACGGUGCAGGGGAAACGAGGACCCAAUGAACUGCGCUGCGUCAGGCGGGACUGGCUGCUCCGAGCACUAGAGGAAGAGCUACCAAAAGGCACCAUCCGUUACUCCUCCAAGAUCGUUGCAAUCGAAGAGGAUGGCAACGCCAAGAUCAUACACCUUGCCGACGCCGCAAUUCUCAGAGCAAAGGUGCUGAUCGGCUGCGACGGGGUGAAUUCCGUUGUGGCAAAAUGGCUGGGGCUCACAAAGCCGUCGUCCUCGGGGCGCUUGGCGACGAGAGGCCUCGCGCAUUACCCUGAUGGCCAUGGAUUGGACCCAAGGUUCAAGAUGUUCGUCGGCCAUGGCUUCCGUGCUGGCGUGAUCCCCUGCAACGAGACUGAUGCCUACUGGUUCUUCACCUGGUCUCCUUCCGAACACGUUGCCGUUCCAGAAAGUAAUGGCGUCGAGGAGAGCGCGGAAAAGAUGAAGCAGUUCGUGCUGACCAAGCUGAGGAGCUCCAAGAUCCCAACCGAGGUGCUCGAGGUCGUCGAGAGGAGCAACAUAAACGACGUGGUCGCGUCGCCGCUGCGUUUCCGGCCCCCGCUGUCGCUCCUGCUCGCGAGCAUCAGCAAGGGGAACGCGUGCGUCGCCGGUGACGCGCUGCACCCGAUGACGCCUGACCUUGGCCAGGGCGGCUGCGCGGCGCUCGAGGACGGCGUCGUGCUGGCGAGAUGCCUCGGCGACGCCCUUCUCGGCGGCGGCGGCGCCGCCGAGAGCGAGAGGAUCGAGGCGAGUCUACGUGAGUACGCUAGAAUCCGGCGGUGGAGGAGCGUCGAGCUCGUCGGGACAGCCUACGUCGUCGGCAUCGUGCAGCAGAGUAACAAUGCGGUCAUCAGCUUUCUGCGGGACAAGUGGUUGGCCGGAGUGCUCGCCGGAAGGCUUCUGAAAAUGGCGGACUAUGACUGUGGCAAGCUCUGGCGCAUCAUCAUCAGCGAUGACGUCAAAGUGCCUUCACUGCUGGCCUGCUGCUCACUCACCCUCGCCGUCGCAGCAAUCAUAUUUAAACUCCUGGCGCUCACUCGAUUUGCUCACAGCAUUUAUUCUCAUCUCUUUCCUGCAGCCAAGUCAGUUUGCAUUCGCACAAAGCCAGUUGCAAGCAUGCAGCAAGAACAGGCAGACGGCCGGGAGAUCGUCAUCGCCGGCGCCGGCCUCGCCGGGCUCGCAGUGGCCCUCGGACUGCACAGGAAAGGACUGAGGAGCGUGGUGCUGGAGUCGUCGCCGACGCUGCGGACGUCCGGGUUGGCGUUCAUCACAUGGACGAACGCCUUCCGCGCGCUUGAUGCCCUUGGGGUAGGCGACAAGAUGAGGAGCCAGCACCAGCAGAUCCAGAGGUUGAAUGUCAUGUCUUCAGCUACUGGAGAAAUAGUGCAAGAAAUUGAUCUGAGGGCGCAAGGCAAACGGGGAACCCAUGAGGCACGCUGCGUGAGCCGCACCGCGCUGCUACUGGCGUUGGAGGAAGAGCUCCCAAGAGGCACCAUCCGCUACUCCUCCAAGAUCGUCUCGAUCGAGGAAGACGGCAACGCCAAGAUCCUCCAUCUGUCUGACGGAUCGACUCUCAGAGCAAAGGUGCUGAUCGGGUGCGACGGGAUCAACUCGGUGGUGGCGAGAUGGCUGGGGCUCGCGAAGCCGUCGGACUCGGGGCACACGGCCACGCGCGGACGCGCCAAGUACCCGGACGGCCAUGGCUUCGAGCCCAGGUUUCUGCAGUUGGUCGGCCAGGGAUUCCGUGCAGGCAUGGUGCCCUGCAACGACACCGACGUCUACUGGUUCUUCACGUGGUCUCCUUCCCCAGAUGAUAAGGAUGUCGACAAGAGUUCAGCCGCGACGAAGCAGUUCGUGCUGACAAAGCUCCGGAGCACGAACGUGCCACCACAGGUGCUCGAGGCGGUCGAGCGGAGCGAGAUGAACGACGUGCUCGCGGCGCCGCUGCGGUUCCGAUCGCCGCUGUCGCUCCCGUUCGCGAGCAUCAGCAAGGGGAACGUGUGCGUCGCCGGCGACGCGCUCCACCCGACGACGCCGGACCUGGCGCAGGGCGCGUGCACGGCGCUGGAGGACGCCGUCGUCCUGGCGAGGUGCCUCGGCGAGGCGCUGCUGCUCCGUACCGGCGACUGCGCCGCCGAGGAGAGUCACCGGGUCGUCGAGGCCGCGCUGCGCCGGUACGCGGACGCCCGGCGGUGGAGGAGUGCGCAGCUGACCGGUGCGUCGUACGCGGUGGGGUUCGUGCAGCAGAGCGACCACCCCGCCGUGGGCUUCCUGCGUGACAAGCUGUUGUCCGGGGUGCUCGCCAAGACGCUGCUCAUGAUGCCCGACUACGAUUGCGGCACGCUCUCGAGUUCCGGUGCUUGUUGGCGCAUCAUAGAAAACCCUGAACUGGUUCAGCAGCAGUACAGCCUUCGACCAUCCUCACUCUGUUUCCACUUGCGAGCGACACCAACCGCGGGUGGGGGUUCGCGAACAAUGGAGGGCUCGGGCGUCGAGGGCAUCGUCAUCGCCGGCGCCGGCCUCGCGGGGCUCGCGACGGCGCUCGGGUUACACAGGAAAGGGGUGAGGAGCCUGGUGCUGGAGUCGUCGGCGACGCUGCGGGCGUCCGGGUUCGCGUUCACGACAUGGACGAACGCCUUCCGCGCGCUCGACGCCCUUGGUGUCGGCGACAAGAUCAGGGAGCAUCAUCUGCUCUACGAGAGGCUGUUGGCCUUCUCUGCAUCCACGGGAGAGCCUGCCGCGAAGUUGAGUCUAAAGAUGCAAGGGAAAAGUGGACCGCAUGAGAUUCGGUGCGUGAAGCGCAACUUCCUACUGGAGACUCUGGAGAACGAACUGCCGGAAGGCACCAUCAGGUUCUCUUCCAAGAUCGUCUCGAUUGAGGAAGACGGCAAUGUCAAGCUCCUACAUUUGUCCGAUGGCUCAACGAUAAGAGCAAAGGUGCUGAUAGGCUGCGACGGCGUGAACUCGGUGGUGGCGAAGUGGCUUGGCCUGCCAAAGCCGAUCCUCUCAGGGCGCUCGGCCACCAGGGGCCUCGCUGAGUACCCGGCCGGCCACGGAUUCGGCCCGGAGAUCCUGCAGUUCAUCGGCCAGGGCUUCCGCUCCGGCGUGCUCCCCUGUUCCGACACCUCCGUCUACUGGAACUACACCUGGUACCCCUCCCCGGAUGACGGCGACGCGGAGGAGAGCGUGGCCAAGAUGCGGAGCUACGUGGUGGCGAAGCUGAGGGCGGCGAGGAUCCCGGCGGAGGCGCUGGACGUGAUCGAGCGGAGCGAGAUGAGCGACGUGGUGUCGUCGCCGCUGAGGUUCCGGUCGCCGCUCGCGCUCGUCCGCGGCAGCAUCAGCAGGGGCAACGUCUGCGUCGCCGGCGACGCCUUCCACCCGACGACCCCCGAGCUCGGCCAGGGCGGCUGCGCGGCGCUCGAGGACGGCGUCGUCCUCGCCCGGUGCCUCAGCGAGGCCUUCCUCGCCGACGGCGCCGAGCACGACCCGGGGUACGAGGCCGUCAAGGCGGCGCUGGAGAAGUACGCCGAGGAGAGGCGGUGGCGCGGCAUCCGGCUGAUCACGGCGGCCUACGUCGUCGGCUUCAUCCAGCAGAGCACCAACCCGGUGAUCAAGUUCCUCAGGGAGAAGUUCUUGUCAGGAUUGCUGGCAAAAACUAUGAUCGCCAUGGCUGAUUACGAUUGCGGAAAGCUAUGAUUCUGUUCACGAGAAAUCAAGAACCCAAGAAGAGAAGAAAGAAAUCAGCGGUGAGCGGGAACCGUCUUUAAUUAGCACAUGGAGCAAUCUUGUGAUGUUGUUAACCAAGCACGAGGGGGCGAGCUUAAAGUCCACCGUACAACGUACUAGUAUCACACACUCGGCAGAUGCUCAAGGCAAAGUCUUAUGUACGGGGAAGAGUAGGAGAGAGUGGAGAGAGUAUGAGAGGUAGGGCCGUAUCAGGGGUAUUUUGGCAGAUUAUUUAUGUAUCUAUGCUUUACAAAUUAACAUGUUCGAUAAAUUAGUGAUGUAUGUAGUGAAUCUCCAUUUGUUGAGGUAUUUGUUUGGACAACUUUGUUUACUUAUUGCUUUAUUGUCGUUGCUAUUCA